UUUAGGAAUGUUCUCAUUGAGAACAUGUUUGAGACCAUUUAUUCCGAUGAGCAGAGCAUCGUCGUCGUCUAGUGCUGCAACGGCGACAGGUCGUUAUACGGUGGAAGACGACGAUGGGGUGGUGCAAAUGCGGAACGAUCCGUACUGUAAGCCGGCUAGACAAUGUUUUUUGUGUGCGAAGAAAAUUGAGUUGGAUUACAAGAAUGCUCGCUUAUUGCAACAAUUCGUUUCAACGUUUUCCGGAAGAGUUUAUGACCAACAUAUCACUGGACUUUGUGAUGGGCAACAGAGAAGGUUACUGGAAACAAUUGCCUUGAGUCGUCGUGCUGGUUACAUGCCGGUGUUUGUCAAGGAUCCGAAAUAUUUGAGAGAUCCCAAGUUGUUUGAUCCGCUGAAACCUAUCCGGCCACAUAGUUAUGCAUGAAUAUGAAUAUUUACUAUUCUGCAGUAAAUAACAGUUGAUAUUUUGGUCAGUGAAUACAUCAUUAUGUUAACAUUAUUUUGAAGUCGUUUUAUUAAUUUACUUUUUGGUAAAGCUCUAAAUGUUAUGUACUUCUUGUCUUUGUCAAAUCAUCCAUAUUUUUUCUGUUAUCUUAAAUGGUUUUAAUGUUAUCUGGAAUUUCGAAAUGUCAAUCCGGGAUACCGGAUUGGCUGCUAUUAUAAUGAUAUGUCGUUGAUUUGUAAACUGCAUUAUUUUGCAUUAUGGCACAGUAAGCAACGAACUCAUUGUUUCGUGCUAUUUUUACUUAAUACAAAUUGUAAUUGUUCACUUUCAUUUGAUGCGUUUUUGCUUUGUUUGUAAGUUGAUAGUAAGCAGUGAUUUGAAUUGCUGUUACCUUCCGCCGAUUCUAGUAUCUCUUCAUCCUAAAACUCAUCAAUGAGUCAUCGUCUUUGGAGAAUUUGAGUUUUACUAACUGCCAGGAUAAAAGUUGCGAUAGCUUACUAUGGAAAAAUCAUCUCGUAUAAGGUAGCGUAUUUUGUGGAAGAUAAUGGUAGGAUAAUGUAGUGCGAAAAGACAGACCUCUCUUCCGCUUUUUUAUCUUUGC